GCUGGUGGUUCGCGCUUCCAGGAAGUAAUCGAAAUACGUUUUUUGUUUUUUAAUAAAAAGAAAUAAAAUAAAAAUAAAAACUUUUAAAUUCGAAAUUCGGGCCCAAAAUUGGUGACCUAAAAUAUUUAUAAAAUAUUCACAAAUAACCUAAGUACAACAGCACAAAGUUGUUGCACAGGAAACACAAGUGAUUGAGCCGUUUGUGUUGCGCGCAUCCGUUUCCGUUUUCGUCGUCAUUGCCAUUGUCGCUGUCGCUGUCAUCGGGCACCGCUUUGUUAGCUCCUGUUAACUGGCUUACCACUCGCGCGCUUUACACCGUAACUUAGACGUAGCCGCGCUCGGUUUACCAACGGAAGUUGUUAGUCCUUUCAGCCAACGAAUUCGCUUUUAAGCCGACUAGAAAGAGGAUACAACCACUACAACAACUAAAACAAAGUAAUACCAAGGAUUACGUCAGAAAUUCUGUUCGUGCUAAAUUGCAAAGAGGAAAAUACUACAAUUUUCAACACAAAUGAUGAUUUUGCGGAUAACAGCGCUAACGCUUCUGUUAGCUGUCUGCCUUAGCGAUGGCGUUGUAGUGAAGACGCAUCGAGAUGGCUUCGAUACAUACGGCCCGCCUCCAUCAUCACGGCCAGCACCACAAUAUGGUCCACCACCACAACGUCUGCCACAUCGCGAGUAUGGUGUGCCACAGCAGAUACCCUUCCGAGAGUAUGGCCCACCAGCGCUCAAAUAUGGGCCACCCAAAUUUAUCAGCGGAGGUGGAGGUGGCGGUAGCAACAGCUUCUCUUCUAGUAGUAGCAAUGGCUUCCAUGAGCAAAUCAAAUCGCAUUUCGGUGUGCCGAAACCCUUCUAUGGACCUCCACACAUUCAGCAUAAACCAGCAUCCAACUAUGGUCCACCACAAGCACAAUACGGUCCACCACCGCGACCCGCUCCUCAAUACGGCCCGCCACCACCAAAACCAGCACCGCAAUAUGGACCACCACCACGUCCCAGUUAUGGUCCACCACCACAGUCCUUGCCGUCGACGCUACCCGCACCUUUAUUCAAACCGGAGCAUUCACCGGCUAGCUCGUAUGGACCACCACCCUCGGGUCCGUUGAAUUUGCCACCAAAACCUGUCUAUGGUCCGCCUAAGCCUUCUUACGGUCCACCUUCAGGUCCUGGUCUUGCUAAUUUCAAUAAAGUACCUGAAACAACGAUUAUAUUAGCAAAUACACUCGGCGGCGGCUCUUCCGGUGGACAUCAUCAUGGCGGCGGCGGCAUCAUUAACGGUGGCCAUGGCGGUGGUCCAGUGAAGCAGGUGCAAAUUCAAAUCGACGCUUCAGGUCAUACACAUAGUGUUAGUGGUUCACAAGCUCCCUUUCACACAGCGUGCGAUGGUUGGAAACCAAUACCAGCACCAGUGGGCACCUAUGUAGAGGGCAAUAAUAUUGAGACCCAAUCGGGUUACAGCCACGUCGCGCAAGGUAGUUUCGGUACACAAUACAGUGGUAGCGCAAGUCUUUCUGGUGGUUCCGCAGGCAAUUUCGGUGAUGCUGUCGGUGCAAUUGGCAGUGGUGGUAGCAUCAUUGAUGGACUGACUGAUGAGCAACUCGUAGCAGUAGCACUGCAAUCAGGUAGCUUCGACACACACAUACGUGGACCAGACCAGCCACCAUCUGGACCGGCAGGCAACUUCAAGCAACAAAACAUCAACUCCAUUGAAGCCGAUGCCCUGCAGAUUUCACUCGGUGUCGGCGAUGAUUCGUACAGCAAACCGCCGCCAGACUCUUACGCGCCAGGCUCAAUUCACGCACAAAAACACAAUAACUUUAAUGGUAAUGGAGCAUUAGUUCCACCUGUAGACAGUUACGGACCACCAGCCAGCGGUAACUAUUUGCCACCUCCAAGAGGAAACUACGGACCGCCACCACCGCCUAGCGAUAACUAUGGUCCUCCACCCCCACCACCGCCUAGCGAUAACUAUGGUCCUCCACCCCCACCACCUUCUGGAGAUCUCUUUAUACAAGAACAACAUUCAUCUUCAUCAUCCUCCUCCUCCGCCCAAGCUGGCUUGCAAUAUGGAUCCCAGUCUGGCAAUGUAUUAAAUGUUCCAACUCAUGGUGCUUCACAACCCAGCCGUCCAGUGUCAUUCCGCCCACCAGUGCCCCCAGGUCUACUCGAGUCCAUUGGUGCUACAGUUCAGCAUUUGGAUCAGUUUGGUGUAAAACCACCUGCCCAGGCGCCCACAUACAUACCACCCGCUGCAAAUGAAAUCGCGGAACACGGUCCUGGUAAUCUAGGUCCCAAUUUCGGUCCUCCUCCACCACCGCCGCAAUUAAACGUGCCUAUCGGCGUUAUUGAGCAACAGCUUCCGCAAUUGCAACCGCCUCAGGGCUUCGCACAGGUAAAUCUACAAAAACAACAUCACCAUCACGCACAAAACAUACAACACUUCCACCAUCAACAACAACAACAACAACAUCAAAUACAGCAACAAUCACAGUUUCAACAACAGCAGGGCUCAUUACAGCAAUUUCCACCAUUGCUUCCACCACCACCACAAUCCCAAUUUCAAUUUCUACCACCUUUGCAGGAACUACAUGGCAACUCGCUGAACCAGUACGGGCCACCCUUGCCGCCUCCACCACCACAAAAGCAAUAUCUACCCCCACCACCACAACAUGAACGUCCCUUCCCACCACCACCAUCCCUACAAUACCUGCCACCCGCGCAAACAGGUCCAGUGACCUUCCAACAACAAAAUAGUGCCGCCUCAAGCUCUAGCUUCGAAAACUCCUACGCAUCUUCGCAACACAACGAACAGUUCAUUCAUGCGCAGGCUCUGCCAUCACUACAGGAACCCCGAUUCACACAAGUGCACGACUGCGGGCAAGGGCCAAACCUAGUUGGUGCCAGUUAUCAAUUGCAGCAGCAAAACCAGUAUCAACAACAACAACAGCAUUCGCAACAAUACUCGGCCUCGAACUCAGUCGCUAGCACUUCGGCGAGUGCCUAUAACGCCAUCUCACAGAGCAUUCCUGUUGCCGAGCAACAUACGCAGUUCCUGGAACAAGACAGCUACGGAGUACCGCCAGCCGGUAACAAUCUCGAUCAAGACUAUGACGGCUAUGCUUCACAAAAAUCAGCUGUAGCCACUUUGCCAGAUGGUACCGACCCACAAGAUUUGCCCGGUUUGGAUGGGCUCAAUGUGAUAUCAGCACAAAAAUCACAAUCCAUUCGACUAUCACCCGAGGAGGUAAGUGGCGCUGCGCAUGCCCAACACGAGCCUAUAUUCGAGUUGGAUAUUGCGGGGAAUGGUGCCAAGUCGAUACAAACCGAGCAAACCGCCAAUCAUGAGGAAAUACUCUCAGAGGGAUUACUGCAAUCUAUAUUGACGGCCAUUGAAAAGCCACAGUCCAAUAAUAUACAACAUCGCCAUUCAGUGCAAGUGGUUAGCGAUCAACACAAUGACUUCUAUGGUCACGGCGCGCAAAGCCGUUCCGAUACGGCCAUUCAUGAGGAUGCCACUCCAGAUGAUGAAAACGAACCUGAAGUGGCUGAGUCUGAUAAAGUUGAAGUGCAAGUAAAUGCCGAUGGAGAAGAAGUGGCGACUGUGAAAGAAAUUAAACCAAUAGUGGCGGCGGAAGUAGAAGAAGAUGAAGCGAAGCAUUAGCUAAAGAUGCAAAGAACGAAUUUCUAUUAAUGAGUAUUGAUAUGGAAACCAGUCACAAUAGCAGCACAAGUCCUAUAUGCGAUAUGACGCAAGGACGUUAGUACGAUGCUAGUUAUCAUUAAUAUUCUCACAAAACUAAUUUAUUUUAACGAAAAAGAACUAAAUUUCCAAGGGACACUAUAUCUUGAUAAAUCACUCAAAUACUUUCUGUGCAACCAACCAAAAAUGUUGCCUUUAGUUUUUAAGCUCUACGACGCACAAUUCUAUUUAUUGCAUAAACGCGCCACUCAUGCCUCAUAUUGCACCAGUCAUCCAUUAUCAGUUUUCAUUAAAGUUGCCAUAUGUUAUUGUGUAUAGCUUUGCCUUUGUCCUGCGAAAAUCUAAAACCAAAGUCGUUUAUAUAUUUUCGUCAUCAUUGGGAAUAAGGACAUUCGGCAAAACGGAGAGAGCAUCUUUUCAUUGAAUAAAUAAAUAAAUAAAAAAGUAAUGGUUUAUGAGCAAAAAUCAUGUAA